UUUACGCACUUAAGUAAUGAUCAAAGUAUAUUUUGACAUUUGAUUGUGGAUUUUUUUCACUAUUCAUGUUGAUUCAUGUCGCUACUUGUGUGAAUUUGUAAUUCAAUUGUUGCCUUUUGAUCAUCUAUUUUUCAGUUGUAGUUUAGUUGUUCAGUUUAACAAAAUGCUUUUUGCAUCAAGCAGAGAAGAAGCAAAAAAUCAACGAGACCAUAUUCUGAUCGAACUUUAUCACAACAAAGAUGAAACGGGCGACGUGACUUUUAUCGUGGAAUCCAAACGAAUUCGUGCUCACCGAUGUGUAUUGGCGUCAAUCAGUCCAAAAUACAAGGCUCAAUUUUAUGGGCCCCAACCAGACAAAGACGACAUCAUUGUGAAAGAUAUAUCAGCAGAUGAAUUCGAUACAUUCUUGCAGUAUUUCUACGUAGGCGAUGUUGCGCUGACAGCCGAAAACAUCGACAGCAUUUUGAGCUUUUCCAAACAAACACUUGUCGAUGGUUUUGAAAGAGAAUGCGUUUCUUUUCUAACGAAACAAAUAAAGAGAAAGGAAAACUUGUGGCAGUAUUAUCAAUUGAUUACUUUAUAUGAUAUUGAAGAAGUGAAAGACCUCGUUCAUUGCUACAUCGCCGCAAAUAUCAAGGAAAUGUUCAAACAAUGUGAUGACUUUUUUAACUAUUGUGACCGUGCAAUGCUGAAAGAAAUUUUGAAAAUGGACUGUUUGAACUGCAAAGAGUCUGACCUUUUCGAUGCUUGUAUUGUUUGGGCGAAAGCGGAAUGUCGCCUGAAGAAUGUCGAUGCAGAAAAAAUAGAAAACUUACGGGCUGAGUUGGGUGAUGCUGUCGAGGAAAUUCGCUUCCGAUCGAUGACACUCGAAGAAUUCGUUCAAUUGAAUAGUCUGUAUGAUGGAUUUUUCACACCAGAUGAAAUGAAGGAAAUAACAUACAUAAUUGGUAGCUUAAAGAACUUCAAACCGAGCAAAUUCAGUGUGGCGCUUCGAAAUGAAGAGUCACAACUAAGCCGAAUGAGCAUUUCAUUCGAAGAGGCAUCAAGUAUAGCGGUUAAAGGUUCGGCCGUUAAAAAGUAUGUCCCAGUACUUGUACAUUCGGUACUUAAUAAGAAUGGUUGUCUUCAAAAUGUGUCCACACUUCAUCACAACAUUACUGCUAUGAAAGUGUAUGACGAAAUGUCUGUUGAAGAACUGCGUUUCGAGGAUUAUGAAGCAAAUAGAAAAGGACCACAAGGUUUAUUUGAAAAAAACAACGAAAAAUAGGAGAACUUAGCCAUCCGGCCACAAUGCAGCCAUACGCCUAUUUUCGAUGUUAGCAGCCGGCUGGCUGAUUCACAGUAGUCAUCAAUCUACGCAUUAUUCUUUAAAUUUUUAUAUUUUAUUACGUUGAAAGCAGUUGAAAGUAAUUUAUUAAAUUUAUUUAUAAGAAUUAUUAAAGACAACUUGGAUUAAAA